AGACGUUAUUGGUCAGCUGGACCCAUUGAACCUUUCGCUUCGGCGCUGUUCGAUGUUAGAGGUACCUAAAACACCCCUGCGACCGGGUGCCUACGAGUUCAUUGCACUGCAUUCACUGCGGGUGAACUAUCUUAGGUUUUUAGGUUUCUACAUAGGUACCUCGUAGUCGCAUCAUCGCCUUCCCUAAUCCCGCCGCCGCUUCUGCCCCCGUGUCGCAUGUCUCCCUUUUACUACCAUCAACUUCUUCAUCAAAUCAAUCACUCAUCUCUCCAUCUUUUUUCCUAGUCUUCAAUACACUCACUCUCCUUCAAAGACUAGGAAUCUACUUCUGCCCUAUUUUUCUCUUCUUGCUCAAUCAAUAAUCCUGCGACGCAAAUAUUUCCUUUACCAGCCGGAAUCCGCCACUUUUGCUACUCCUUCAACUGUUUCAUUUUAGUUUCUACCUACACCCUAACGAUGUCCGGACGCUACGAACGGGUUAAUACCCAAGACGACGAGCCUGACACCCCGAUUGCUCCCUCUUCGUUACGACCGCAGUCGACACCUAACUCUCCCCCGCCUUCAUUUCAUUCGCGGGCCUCGUCCGCUGAAAGAAGAAGGCGAAAUGUCGAUCCUACGCUAGCUGACGCAUUCGACGCCGAAGAUGACGAUAGCGACGACGACGAACCCGACGAUAGACAGCGCUUAGUUCGGGGAAACUCAUUUCCUAUUUCAAGCAAUCCUACUAGUCAGGCUUCAAAUGGAGGAGAUGCGCGACCAUCUAACGGAGGACAAACGGCGCAGUUCUCUCCUGGUGGUACCAACGCUCAGCAUGCUGGCUCAAGAGUGUACGGCGGUGGGAUACAAUCCGAUGGCGUCUUUUCCAAUAUGAUGGCUCGGCCUGAGAGAGGAGAGAAGAUCGUGGAAGAAGCACCUCCGGUAUGUGAGCAAGCAGCUGCAGACGCUGCGCCACCAUACUGGGAGACGACAAUCCUAGCACCGGGCCUUGGCGGUCCCGAUGAUGUUUACAUCGAUGGAAUGCCCGUUGGCUCGGUAUUUAGUUUCAUAUGGAACGGAAUGAUCAGCAUGUCGUUUCAAGUAUUCUUUGUUGGCUUUCUCCUCACAUAUCUAUUACACUCAACACAUGCGGCAAAGAAUGGCUCUCGUGCUGGGCUCGGUAUCACACUCGUUCAGUACGGUUUCUUCCUGAAAGGAACAUCCCCCGACUCGAGUGGUAUGAGCGGCGCGCCUACAGAUGGAUACGCGCAACCUCCUGAUCCUAACAGUCACGACUUUGACCCCAACGCUGUUACGACCAAUAACGGCGAGGAAGAUUCGGGUUUUAGCGAUAUUGUGGGCAGUGAGUGGAUAGCGUAUCUGCUUAUGAUCAUGGGUUGGUUUAUCUUGAUCCGGUCAGUUAGCGACUACAUCAAGGUCAGAAGGCAUGAGCAGCUCGUGCUACAAAGCCCAGACAGGGGUUUGGGUAUUCCGAUUAUUGCUGAAGGUGAAAGGCCUGAAACGGUGGUUUAAAAUGACAUUAUCGAAGUCCCUGUCCAUCCGAAGUUGAUGGUGUAUUCUCAGAUCAAUACAGCAAACACGAUUAUUAGACAACUUAUCAGGAUUCGGGCAUGGGUUUAGGCGUACGGAGGGUUCUCUCAAAACAACGGCGUAAUGGGUACUGGGAAUAUCAUUGUCUUCCUCUGUGAACGACCUAGAACUCCUAGGGUUAGUCAUGGAUCCAGGCUUCAGCAGAGCAUUUCGAAGCAAUUCCGGUGUAAUAUAUACAUAUAUCAUUAUCUCUAGGUAUAACUAUGGGUGAGAAUAUAAAUGGCCCCACGUAAGCACCUGAGUGGGUUUAACUAAGAA